UUCAAUUCUCAUGAUCUCAUCUCAUACAAAUUUCAUUAAUUUCUAAAAUUUCUUUUACUUAACCAUGAAUCGAAACAAAACCUGCAUGAAUCAAAUCUUCGUUUCAAUUGAAAAGCAAUUACUUACUACUUUUAGAAAAAAAUUUAAAUCAAAUAUUCUCCAGUCAUUUCCUUCUCUAAAUUGACUCGGUAAUUCAAGUAAAGUAUGGCAAGUGGCAAAGAGAAGGCUAAAAAAAGCCAUGAAAGAAGCAGUAGUUCUCGUAAACCAAAUUGCACCCACUGAGUUUAGACGGACUACUCUUUAUAUGGAAAUUCAACUCGGAAAUCGGAAUUCAGAAGCCGAUACCAAAGCCAUCGAAGAGAGAAUUUGGAAGUGAGAAAUGAAAUCGUAUUGUUGGAAGGAAGAAAAAAGAUGCGUGAAGUGGAUUCAUAAAUGCUUCAAAGAUUGUCUAUGUAAUGUGAAUGAUGUUUUAUCGUUUUCGUUUGGUAUUCUUAGUUUACUAUCAUGGGGUGUCGCUGAAAUCCCUCAAAUCUUCACCAAUUUUCAAACUAAGUCUAGCCAUGGCGUGUCUAUUCUCUUCCUCCUUGGUUGGGUCCUCGGCGAUAUUUUAAAUCUUGUGGGUUGCAUUCUUGAGCCUGCUACACUGCCAACUCAGUUUUAUACAGCCUUUCUGUACACAGCCAGCACAGUAGUGCUCGUGUUGCAGAGCCUGUACUAUGACUACUUCUACAAAUGGCUGAAACGUCGUCAUAAUGUAGACCAUCAAGAGGAGUUAGAGGACGAUAAAGAACCACGAAGUCCAAAACCGACGGAUCAGAGAAGUAGUCCAAUUGCAAGUACGCCAGUAAGAGCCCAAACUCGAAGAUAUUACACGUCAGCAAGGUCUCUAGCUGGAAGUGGCACCCCCCCUUUUAGAUCUUAUCUGACUGUUGGCGCCAGGAGUGUUCCAUCAGCGUUAGGGCAUAAGGACCUUUUAUCUUACGACGAGGAAGAAACUAGCCCAAUUCCAAUCCCUUUCAUGAGAGGUACUACUAGCCUGCCUAGACAGAUUCCACGUCCGGCUGCUCGAGGAGCAAUGAUGGCCACGACUGUCAGCUUACCAUUAGGAAGCCAUGCAUUAUCAGAAGCUUAUAGGGGCCUUUCUGGGAGGAGAUUGUUAAGCGAAAAUAGUCCUCAGCAUAGUGCAGUUGGUCAGUGGUUGGGAUGGAUGAUGGCAGCUAUUUAUACGGGUGGCCGCAUUCCUCAGAUCUUUUGGAAUAUGAAAAGAGGAAGUGUGGAGGGCCUUAAUCCACUGAUGUUUGUAUUUGCACUUAUCGCUAAUGUCGCCUACGUUGCUAGCAUAUUGGUCAGACGUCCAGAAUUGAAAGAAAUCAAAGCUAACUUGCCUUGGUUGCUGGAUGCUGUAGUAUGCGUGGUGCUCGACUUAUUUGUAACCUUUUUGUUUGUCGUUGAAUCUUCAUCUUUGCUUCUGAGGACCGACUACUUAGGACUCCAAUGAUAUAGAUUGAAAUAUAAUGUAUCUUGUAACCUCAACCAUCAACUUAAGCUUUUGGUUGAGUUGGUUAUUUGAUAUAAUAUCAGAGCUAGUGUGACAAAAGGUCACAAGUGGGCGUGUUAGAGUAUAUAACAUAUCCUUGAACCUCAACCAUCAGCUUAAGCUUUUGGUUGAGUUGAUUCUUUGACAGUUUGUAAUGCCUUGACACAAACUCUUUUGAAGAUUAUAAUGCAGUAUGUCUAUUACAAACACAUACGAAAGAGGAAUGCAAGAGAGGAAGAUCACAAUAACUACUAAGAGGAAGUGCAAAAUCCGAAGGGACUACGAAUCACCAUGAAUGAUGUAUGAGGAACUGAUUGGAUCUCCAUGAACAUUGAAGACCCUAACCCUAGCUGAUAAAGGGAGAGACUUGGGACUAUGAGCUUGAUGCUAAGGACAUCAUCAUCUCAUAUCGGAAUGAAACGCAUCAGUCUCGUAAAGAAACCCAGAAUAUAACAACUAACAAGACACAUAUUACACUGCCUCUUCCUAUCAUAACUCAGCUUAAUCAACCACUAACUUCAAAAUUUUUCUUUUUCCGAUACCUGUUGUGUCAAAAACUCCAUGAUUAUGAAAAUACUCGUGCAAUACCUAAUUGCGGUAAGUUGGAAACCCCUAUUAUAGAGCCAAUCAAUUAAACCCACAACCCUUAGGAGGAUAUUGAAUCUCACAGGAAAUUCAUGGUUGUAGUCCGAACAAAUACGAGCUUAUAUCUAAGCCAUAAUGCACUAGUAAAAGCUUUGUUUCAGACACUAGGUGAGUGAAGAAAGAAAAUCGUGGCUUUUGAUCCAGAUAUUAAGUCAAAUCGGCUUAGUCA